UGACGCGGUCCUCACGUGACCAGGAGUCGACGUGUGCAGAAGUCCUUAUAGUCCAGGGCCUGUUUCCCUGUAGCAGCUCCCUAUUGCUGGAGAAGGAGGAAAGUGCUCCGGAUCCUUUCAGGACUCUUGGUUUUUUGGGCGCGACACAAGGUGAGGGAAGGAGGAGGAAAAUCCCUCGGAUCCCUGCAGGAUUAAUUUAUUCAAAAAGGAAAUAAUAAAAAAUACUCAACAUGCAAAAGUCUUGUGAAGAAAAUGAAGGAAAAACACAGAACGUGCCAAUGGUCGAGGAAGACCGCCCUUCGGAAGAUGUACCACAGGAGCAGGAGGCAGAAGGAAAUCCUCAACCUUCCGAAGAAGGUGUAAGCCAGGAAGCAGAAGGAAACCCCAGGGGAGGGCCUACUCAGCCUGGCCAGGGAUUUAAAGAGGACACUCCUGUUAGGCAUUUGGACCCUGAAGAAAUGAUAAGAGGAGUAGAUGAGCUGGAAAGGCUUAGGGAAGAGAUAAGAAGAGUAAGGAACAAGUUUGUGAUGAUGCAUUGGAAGCAAAGACACUCUCGCAGCCGUCCUUAUCCUGUGUGCUUUAGGCCUUGAAUUCAUUUUUGCCUGAUAAGAAAAUCUGGCCCUGGCUUUCUUUCUGUUUAGCGUUUUCUGAUGUAUCUUUGACCUUCAUUUUACUUUUAAUCAUCUGGUGAAAUUUUGUUUUAGGUAGUUUCCUUGUUACCAGCAUCUCAAUGGAUUUUGGAUUUUGACCCCUUUUCCAGGUCUAAUUUUCAAUUGGGACGUUUCACACAUAUGCAUGGAAAUAUGCUCAUUCCAUAAUGUAAAGUAAAACGUAACAGGUUACAAAGCAUAUUUAGUAUCAGCUCACGUAUGUAGGCUAAAAUUCCAAAUUGUGUGUGUGUGCGUGUGUAUACAUACAUAUAACAUAUAUGAAAAACUUAACCAUGCUUAUUUCUGUGUGGUGUGAAGUUUUCUUUCUUUUUCUUUGCUUUUUGCUUAUAUGUAUUUUUUAAUGAACACGUGUCUCACACACAAAUGAAUUAAGGAUUUUUUUAUAAGUAAGAGUCAAUCAAAUAAUUUGCAACCAGCAUAUAAAGGGCAUUGGGGACACCUAAACUCUUAAAUGAAAGAACCAUAAAAAGAAAUGUAAACUCCAAAUUACCUCUGGUUCUCAUAGCCAGAGGAAUAAAUUGGCAAUUAUUACAGAUAAA